UCACCCGCUUUUUUGGCUCCGGCCUUAAGCUCUCUGAAGGCACUCGUAUUUGUGUGAUGGCGAUGAUCUCUUGAGAAUUGAGAUCCUAUUAGCCACCAUGUCUCCGCCCUGCGUCGGAACCGAUGCAUCGGUUGCCUGUUGCAGAUGCUUUUCCGGCGACAAUGGUGGCUUUCACGGCGAGAGCCGCACUGUAUCGGACGAACAAAGUUGUCCUCAUUGCGGGAAAUCUGGCCCUCCUUCCUCAUCUUAUUGUUCUUUUCUUAGUUCUGAUUUGAGAUAUGAGAGGGACUGGGAGAAGUUACGGAGAUGUGUUGCCGCUGCCACCAAGGGUUUUACCAUUGGUGCAGGUUUAAAAGGUGGACUCGCGGCCUUUUCGAUCCUCGCCCGGUUGAGGAGAGGAAGAAAGACCGGAGUGGUUCCGAAUAGCGAGGCGAUUGUUUUAGCAAUUAAGGAGACUCUAAGAUACGGCCUCUUCCUCGGUACCUUUGCAGGCACAUUUGUUUCUGUCGAUGAGUGUAUUGCUGCUUUGGGAGGAUAUCGUAGGACGGCGAAGUGGAGGGCACUGUUUGCCGGGCUUCUUGCAGGGCCUUCGAUGCUUUUGACUGGACCAAAUACGCAGCACACAGGCCUAGCCAUAUACAUCCUUAUGCGAGCUGCUGUACUAGCAUCCAGAUGUGGGAUAAAGAGCAAACGAUUUGGACGCAUUUGUAAACCUUUAACGUGGGCACACGGCGACAUUUUCCUAAUGUGCCUCUCCUCUUCCCAAAUUCUGUCGGCAUAUAUAUUGAAGCAAGACAGUCUGCCUCCAUCAUACAGGUCUUUUCUUAAUAAGCAUGGUGGAAAGGAUUCUGUUAUAUUGCAAGGCAUCAAAGAAUUAGCAAGCAGCAUGCCUUUCACCAAGUUGGAUGGGAUAGAGAAGUACUACAAGUCCAAUGGUGUCAACAUAAAGCUUGAUCCUCAAAUGAAAGUGCCAUGUUCGAUUAUACAUGGACAUCAAUCUUGUGCAGAACAUGUCAUUUCCUUUUUCGUUCAAGCCUAUGGAAGGGCAUUGCCGGUCUAUCUUCCAGUAUAUUUUAUUCCUGCUCUGAUAGUACAUCGUCUAGACCUCUUAAAAAGGCAUUAUACAAUUUUGGGGAAGUGUCUCCUUGGUACUGCAAGAUCAAGCUUGUUUCUCUCUGCAUAUUGUUCGUCUGCAUGGAUGUGGACGUGCUUGGUGUUCAGGAUUUUCCAGAGGUGCAACAUUUCAACGGUGGCAAUGGGAACGUUUCCUACUGGUCUGGCCUUGGCGAUCGAGAAGAAGAGCAGACGGAUUGAAAUAUCUCUCUACUGCCUUUCACGAGCAAUUGAGAGCUUCUUCACAUGCAUGGUGGAGGCUGGUUUGUUGCCACGGCCUAAGAGAUUGAAGAGAGCUGAUGUAGUUAUUUUCAGUUUGUCAACUGCUAUCAUCAUGCACUGUUAUGCUCAGGAGAGGGAGGUUUUUCGGUCCAAGUACCUGAAUGUUCUUGAUUGGGUAUUUGGCGUUCCUCCUGUUACCUGUGAAACUCCUCGGAACAAGACCUGUUAAAGCUCGAUGGUUAUAUGGGGUUUGAAGAUGCAAAAUUUGCUUCGUCACCGGAUGGAGGUUUUGAGAGUACAAAUUACGCAAACACGAUACCUGCCACUUUGCAACAGUGUUACAGAUCUCCACAAGCGGCCAUUAUUAUGGAGUAAGAUAUAUACUGUUACAAUAAUUGAAUGUAAUACUUAUAGAUUUAUUUAAUUGAUUCCUGAAUGGCAGUUGUGAGUCCUUA